AUGGGUCUCUGCGUGUCCUCCUGCGACGCAACAGCCGACUGCGCGGUGACCGCGAGGGUGGUGCUGCCCAGCGGCGAGCUGCGGGAGUACUCUCAGGCGGUCACUGCAGCGCUGGCACUGGAGGAGGUCGGCCACGGCGAGAAGGGCUGGUUCCUCUGCGACGCCGACGCGAUGGGGUUCGAGGGCUCCGUCGCGGCGGUGGCCGGCGACGCGGAGCUCCGGCCGGGGCAAAUAUACUUCGUGCUCCCGGCCGAGAUGCUUCGCCGUAGAGUCACCCUCGAAGAGGUGUCUGCGCUGGCCGUCAAGGCCAGCGCCGCCCUCGUCAAGGCCUCAUCUGCCGGCGGCCGGCGCCGGCGAGGAUCCGUUGCACCGCUCAUGUUCGAGCCAUCCGAGGAGGAUUACUCCGACGAUGCGGUGAUGACUUAUAUCACGGCGAAGCCGGUGGUGGCCCGGAAGCGGGUGGUCGCGUACCGUGCCGGGAGAUCGCCGCCCAGGUUCUCUCCCGACUUGACCGCCAUCCCGGAGAGCGAUUAG